CAGCCUCCGGUGCCGGGUCCCGAGUUCUCAGCCGCCUGUCUGCUCGGUGCAAAAUCUCCUGCAACCACAGCCCAGCCGCCGCAGAAGUUGCCGGCGUGCGAGUCCCGAGGCAUUGGCUCGGGAACUUUUCACGUCAUUUUCUGCUCCGGAGCCCCUGGUCGCCGCUCCGCGCAGCCUUUCCCAGCGCGAAUCCCCAGUGCUCAUGGGGCAGGCGAGGAGCAGCCUGCAGCACUGAGCCGAACCGGACUCCAGCCCGUGAUGUCCGGCACCAAAUUGGAGGACUCCCCCCCUUGUCGCAACUGGUCAUCUGCCUUGGAGCUGAAUGAAACUCAAGAGCCCUUUUUAAACCCCACCGACUAUGACGACGAGGAAUUCCUGCGGUACCUGUGGAGGGAAUACCUGCACCCGAAGGAAUAUGAGUGGGUCCUGAUCGCCGGGUACAUCAUCGUGUUCGUCGUGGCUCUCAUUGGGAACGUCCUGGUUUGUGUGGCAGUCUGGAAGAACCAUCACAUGAGGACCGUAACCAACUAUUUCAUAGUUAACCUUUCUCUGGCUGAUGUGCUUGUGACUAUCACCUGCCUCCCUGCCACAUUGGUCGUGGAUAUCACUGAGACCUGGUUUUUUGGACAGUCCCUCUGCAAAGUGAUUCCUUAUUUACAGACUGUAUCAGUGUCUGUGUCCGUCCUCACACUGAGCUGCAUUGCCUUGGAUCGGUGGUAUGCAAUCUGUCACCCUUUGAUGUUUAAGAGCACAGCCAAGCGGGCCCGGAACAGUAUCGUCAUCAUCUGGAUCGUCUCCUGCAUCAUAAUGAUUCCUCAAGCCAUUGUCAUGGAGUGCAGCACCAUGCUACCCGGCCUCGCCAAUAAAACCACCCUCUUCACAGUGUGUGAUGAGCGUUGGGGUGGUGAAAUUUACCCCAAGAUGUACCACAUCUGUUUCUUUCUGGUGACAUACAUGGCACCGCUAUGUCUUAUGGUAUUGGCUUAUCUGCAAAUAUUUCGUAAACUGUGGUGUCGACAGAUCCCUGGAACAUCGUCUGUAGUUCAGAGAAAGUGGAAGCCCCUGCAGCCUGUGUCACAGCCUCGGGGAUCAGGACAACAGACCAAGUCUAGGAUAAGCGCUGUGGCCGCUGAAAUAAAGCAGAUCCGAGCCAGAAGGAAAACGGCCCGGAUGCUGAUGGUGGUGCUUUUGGUGUUUGCAAUUUGCUAUCUACCAAUUAGCAUCCUCAAUGUGCUAAAGAGAGUAUUUGGAAUGUUCACCCACACUGAAGACAGAGAGACUGUGUACGCCUGGUUUACAUUUUCACACUGGCUUGUAUAUGCCAAUAGUGCUGCGAACCCAAUUAUUUAUAAUUUUCUCAGUGGAAAAUUUCGAGAGGAAUUUAAAGCUGCAUUUUCUUGCUGUUGCCUUGGAGUUCACCAUCGCCAGGAGGAUCGGCUUACCAGGGGACGGACCAGCACAGAGAGCCGGAAGUCCCUGACCACCCAGAUCAGCAAUUUUGAUAACAUGUCAAAACUUUCAGAGCAAGUUGUGCUCACCAGCAUAAGCACACUCCCAGCAGCCAAUGGAGCGGGACCACUUCAAAACUGGUAG